AUGGGCAACGAGGAGAGUUACCCCAACGAGAUGUGCGUGCAGUUCGACCAAGAAGAAAUUAAAAGGCUGGGCAAGAGCUUCAAAAAGAUGGACCUGGACAGUUCGGGCACGCUGAGCGUGGAAGAGUUCAUGCUCAUGCCCGAGCUGCGCCACAACCCGCUGCUGCAGAGACUCAUCGACAUCUUCGAUGCGGACGGCGACGGCCAGGUGGACUUCAAGGAGUUCAUCAUCGGGGCCUCGCAGUUCAGCGUCCGGGGCGACCAGGAGCAGAAACUGCGCUUUGCUUUCAGCAUCUACGACAUGGAUAAAGACGGCUACAUUUCCAACGGGGAGCUCUUCCAGGUCCUGAAGAUGAUGGUGAGAGGCAACCUGAAAGAUUCACAGUUGCAGCAGCUCGUGGACAAAACCAUCAUCAUCCUGGACACGGACGGCGAUGGGAAGAUCUCCUAUGACGAGUUCUGUGCAGUGGUCCGUCGCCUGGAGAUUCACAAGAAGCUGGCACUGCUGAUGUGA